AUGUUACAUCAAUAUCCACAUCCAGUCCAUAUCCAAACACAAUAUCCAGCCGUAGAUUUACCAAAAAACGGUCCACAAGAGAGAAUUACAUGUUGUGAAAGAAUUUUAUCGAUUAUUAAAAAUGAAGUUACAUGGGGAAUAUUUGUUAUUCUUUGUUGUGCAUUUUCACUUAUUAUUGUAUGGGCUGUUAAUAGUCCUGUUCAAUGGCAAAUGUAUAAAGAUCCUGUUCAUGAACAAGGUCUUAUGACUAUUAUUGGUGGUAUUUUUGCUAUUGUUGCAUCAUGUAUGUCUCUUGUUCAAAUAAUUCAACAUUUUGCUCAUAAAACACAUCAUCCAUCUCAAAAGCGAAUUAUGAAAAUUAUAGGUAUGGUUCCUAUAUAUGCAAUAACAUCAUGGUUAUCUCUUUUAUUUUUUAAAUCAGCUAUUUAUAUGGAAUUUGUGCAGUCAUGUUAUGAAGCUUACAUUAUUUAUUGUUUUUUUUUAUUAUUAACAAAAUAUCUCGGUGGUCAUCGUGGUGUUGAAGAAGUUAUUUUAAUUCAAGAACGAAUUAAACUUCCUGUCCCACUUUGUUGUAUUAAAGUAUAUCCAAGUAAUAAAUGGGUUUGGUAUUUUAAAAUUGGUCUAUUACAAUAUUCCUGGAUUACUCCAAUAUGUUCUGGAGUUGCUGUUGUUCUUAAUUUAGCCGAUGUUUAUGGAAAUGGAGAAUGGAAAUUUAGUCGAGGUUAUCUAUAUAUAACUAUCAUUAUAAAUAUUAGUCAAUCAUUAGCAUUGUAUAGUUUAAUAGCAUUUUAUACAAAUACAAAAGAAGAAUUACGACCAUUUAAACCAUUAGCAAAAUUUAUUGUUAUUAAAUUAAUUGUAUUUUUUAUUUUUUGGCAAUCGGUUUUAAUGAGCGGUUUAGCAGUAAUACAUAUUUUACGAAAUACAUUAUGUGAUCCAACAACAAAUACUGAUUGUAAUGGAUCAACAACAGGAUUUACAGUUGAACAAGAAAAAAUCUUAUUAUCAAAUAUAUUAAUUUGUGUAGAAAUGUUCUUCUUUGCUAUUGCUCAUCAUUGGAUAUUUAGUUGGAAACCAUAUGCUAAUGGAACAUUUAAAAUGUUAAUGGAAUCCCGUUACCGUUUUAUGAAUAAUAAAGAUGAUCCUAAAACAAAUGCUGUUGUCACAACAACUGUUUAG